CCCGUUAAGAGACGAGACGAUCUUGAGACCCCAACCGUGAAACAAACGCAGACGCAGCACAACAAACAGAGCCAAGAAAUCCUACCGUACUAGUCUGCACUCUGCACAGUCCAGGGGUAGAAUUGCAGAACGCGCGUCAAUAAGUCCUACUGCCUCUCUGCCUCGCCGGCCCCUUCCCUUAUGGACGGGGCUCGUAUCGCCGGCGGUUCGCCGGAGGCCGGCGGCGCGUCCUCGUUGGCGUCGGCGUCGGCGUCGGCGUCGUGCACUUCGUCGUACGGCCCAGCGUCCCGGCUGCAAAAGGGGGUGCACCUACGGCUGCGGCGGCGGCGGUGGGUGACCGUCAGGGGAGGGGGCAGCAAUAAGGGCACCGGUGACGGCGAUGUGCAGGAUCUCGCGCUGCCUCUCGGGAUGUCCUUCGCGGCGGUGCUUGCCCAGGUUCUGAAUAGAUGCAGUGGUUCUGGAGGAAGAUUACAACCCGACUUCCUCUCAAAGAUGUGUACCUCAGCCGUGAAGGAGUCCUUAACAAAUAUUUAUGGUGACAGAUUUGAAAGUUUCAUGAGAAACUUUGAGAAAUCAUUUGGCAGUACAUUGAGGACCCUUCACCUUAUCAAUGAGACACCUGUCUAUGAGCAAGAUAUACCUCAAUGUUCUUACAAAUAUGAUAAUUCUGUAGCUGAAAUCAAGUUGAGUGGUGCUAAUUCACAAAGUCAGAUGCAUGAUGUCCAGAAGGAUGCACCCUUGAAUUCCAUGAAUAAUCAGAUUACUCUUCAUGCGGGUACCAAUCAGCAGCUGGUUCACCUUCCUCGUAGCAGAUCUACUCCAGAAAUUGAUCAGCACAUUCUUAAUGUAUUCGAGAGAUCUCUGAAUGAGCAAGCUCGUUCAAAUGAGCUCAAGGAACUUGAAAUAGGACUUACUAUGAGAAAAUUACAAUUAAGGCAGUCUCAGUUAGCUCUCAGCUCCUACUCACACAUGUUAGAGAAGAUCAAAAUUUCUAUGGGAUUUCAGAAAGCCUCAUUCAAAGAGGGGAAAUUCAAGACUCAAAUGGAGGAUAUAAGGCACGCAGAAGUCCUCAGGAAGCUUAUAGAUAUGCUUCUUACUGCUGUGGUACUCAUGUCUGUCUGUUUUGGAUAUGGAACAUAUAUUUACUCGUACCAGAGGAUAACUGCUGUUACUGCAGCUUGUGCAGCUGCUUCAAGGGAGUCUAAAUCUUGGUGGAUGCCAAGUUCGGUGUCAUCUUUCAACUCGAGUUUGCUGUUUUUCAGAUGCCAUUUAAUAGCAACAACAAGGAUAUCAUUUGGAAUUUUGAUGAUUCUAUUAAUCGCUUGGUUGAUAUUCCAGCGUUCUGCAAUGACUGGACCAAACAUGCCAAUAACAUUCAAUGUUAUGUUAUUGGGAGUUCUUUGUGGCUCUGUUGGAAGGUUUUGUGUCGACACACUGGGCGGGGAUGGAAAUGUCUGGCUUAUAUUCUGGGAGGCCCUUUGCUCCAUCCAUUUACUUGGAAACAUUUGCCCAUCUCUUUUACAUCGCAUGCUUUAUGGUCCUAUAUCUGUGACUCACAAGACCAAGGCUGUUGGUUUGCCAUAUUGGGCUCGCCGAUACACAUUUUAUGUUUUGGUGUCAUUCGUUCUCCCAUGCUUGGCUGGUUUGCUGCCAUUUGCGUCUCUGUCAGAGUGGAUAGAGCAUGCAAUUCAAUAUGUAAAGUCCAGAUUCACUGGAAGUAACAUUGAGGAUUGACUACUGAGAGAUUGGAUGUGGUUACUGGCAUCACAGGAAACCUCUAAAUAUGUCAGGCGGCACAAUAAGCACUUGCAAGGUCAAACCUGUUUUGUGAACAUGGAGAGCUUUGACCCACUGUUGUUCAAGUGAAACAUAUAUGAGUUUCAGUGUAGAAAGGGUGAAAGCUAUUUUGUUUGGCUUUCUUUCAUCCUCAAACCUCAGAUAGGUAGACAUAGUUAUUGGCAUGACAGCAAAUUCUCUCUUAGCCUUGUACUGAAACAUCAGAUGGAUCAGGUUUUCUGUGUUCAUUGUGCACCGCCUCCGAUAUCAAGAGCGAGAUGCGCCUAUGUAACACCUUUUCAGCAGGCAAGCUUAAAAUAUAAUAUAAAUCUCAUUACCUCCUUUUUGUGGCUCCUUUGUGUGAGGACAUUGUCCUCAGUGAUGGGAAUCUGUUGAUUUCCCUACCCUUCCCUUUCUCCGUCAUCCCUUGACUGUUGUAUUUUCAUCUGGGUGCUCUGCUCCUCCCAUAAGCUGAUGUUCCUUUCUUCAGUUGAAGUCCACAUUGAUAGAAUUGUUUAUGCAUAGCCCUUCUCACAUGCAUGUAUGUUGUAAAUUGUAACAUUAACAAGCCCAAUGCAACAUUUCUAUUUAUUUGCACACA